UCGUCGCUGUGCUUCUCCGCGCUGCUGGCUGUGCUGACACGCACAUUCAUGCAUAGAUUUUUCCUCAUUCGUUUUUUCAAAAAUGGCCGAGUAGGUAGUGCUCAGUGAUAGCUCUCCAUUCGUUUAUAUUAAAAAUCGAAGUGCUCCUUGAAGUUUCCCAUUCUAGCUAGUGUGUGAACAUUUUGGUGAUAUUCAGCGGGCUCUGGUCGAAAAUCUAUAUCCAACAGUCCAGAAGCUGCCCGCCCGUGUGCCUGUUGGCCGUGUGCCGAAAAAAUAUAUCCGAGCGGAAAUCCAGAGAAAGAGGAAAGCUCGUGACCCUACCCACAAUCUUUUUUUAUCUUGAAGAAAAAAGGGAAAAGAAUUUUCCUUUUUGGAUCAGCAGUCUACUACUAGUAUUGCUAGCCACCAGCGCUCCGCGUAGAAAGAAGACGACAACGACGACGGAAGGAAAGAAAAAGUGUAAAGUACUAGACUGAGAAGAAGUUCCUCGAUAGCUAGAUUGUCCUCGUGUGUAGAAAUCAGCGAAAGAAGUUUUCAGGGAGAAUCAUCGGUGGUAAAUCGCCGUGGACGAUCGGUUGCAGCGAAACCGGAAGCCAUCUCUCUCGUCACCACUAUUAUUGUUCUGUUGAGGAAAACCGAGCAGAAAUUAACGCAGCUGAUCCGAGUCGCAAAUUCGCACCGAGUCUGCAGCAAAGUCUCCAGAAGCAUAAAUCACACGUGGCUGCGAGUUUGUGUUUCCAAAGAAGAAGCUUUUUUUCAUCGUUUGCAUCCUCAACGCAGAACCAGUGCGAGUGCAGGUGAUAUGUGAAUAAUCUGUAGCCAGAAGAAAAACGUAUCCGUGCGACGACAUUGGUGUGUAUGUGUAUAUCAAGCAUUGUAUCAGUGCGCGACGGUACCACAUCGUGGCGAAUAGGUGAACGAAAGAAAGUGUUCUUUGGUGAAGUGAGGACUAUAGCUUGAGAAGUGCAAGAUAGAACUAAGUGCGGUUAGAGGAGAGGGAAGAAAAGAAAAGCAACCGCUCGCAAGAGCACCAAUCUUUUAUGUAUUGCAGUAACCAGAGUAGUAUGGCUACUCUGUUACAGCAGAAGAGUUUUAUGAAAAAUUUGACCAACGGAGCAAACAACGUGGUCGUCGUAAAUGGCACCGACGAUAACCAGACGACGGCAAUGGUGGCAACGGGUGCUACGAUGGCCGCCGUCCCAGGAACUGCCUCCCGAAUGCUGCUGCCGCACGAAACGUUGGUCCUGCCAGCAUCCCAUCAGCAGCCGCUGAUUCAUCAACAAACAACGGUGAAUAGCACCUUCACCACAACGCAUUCGCCUGCCUCCAAUUCGAGCAAUAGCUUUAACAGUCAGUUCAUUAACCAUCUCCAGAAUACGCAUCAUCUGUCAACACAGCAGCUGUUUGGCAACAGCAGUCAACGCGUCGCAACAACUACAACGCCCACCACUACCUUCCAGAGUCAGUACACAAAUGCCGAUGUCAAUGCAAUUUUUCGCCCGGCAGCAGCAUCAUCCACCGCUAACACUAGUAUCGUAACAAUGCAAUCGUUUGCGUCAUCUCAUCAACAGCUGCCACAUUUAGCGACCAGCUCUAGUUCCUUAGUCUAUAUAAAUGGGGCCCAACAAAACUCGGUGAUGGUACCAAAGCAGGAACCUAGUGAACAACAUCAUUCUCAAACGCACCACUAUCUACAACAGACUGUAUCCGAGAGCCAGACUGCCAACACGAUUACAACCACCGACGCCAUACGUAGUGCUGUGGCUUCCGGUGGUUGUGGAGAUCGUGACACCGGUACCGUUGUUGCCGGGACAGAAGAACAACCAGUAACUGCCACAGCGACUGACGCCCCGGACACAGCAACUGAAGCUACCACCGACCAUGUAGAAGAACAGCAACAGGAACAGGAGGCAGAAUCGGAAAUCGACAUUAUAAUCAAUAAUGUGGUGUGUUCGUUCAGCGUGCGCUGUCAUCUGAAUUUGCGCGAUAUCGCGCUCAAAGGUUUCAAUGUGGAGUUCCGUCGGGAAAACGGAAUGGUCACCAUGAAACUAAGACGUCCUUACACAACCGCCUCUAUUUGGUCUUCAGGAAAGAUUACCUGUACUGGUGCUACAUCAGAAGAUCAGGCAAAAGUUGCGGCCAGACGUUACUCGCGUUGCCUUCAAAAACUAGGUUUUAAUGUUAGAUUUAGAAAUUUUCGCAUCGUCAACGUACUGGGGACGUGCAGCAUGCCCUGGGGCAUUAUGAUCGUAAACUUUUCCGAGCGGUACAAGAAGGAUGCCAGUUACGAGCCGGAACUGCAUCCGGGCGUUACCUACAAGCUGCUCAACCCGAAGGCGACGCUGAAGAUCUUCUCCACCGGCAGCAUCACGGUGACGGCCGCCAGCGUUGCCUUCGUACAGGCGGCCAUCGAGCACAUCUUCCCGCUGGUGUACGAGUUCCGCAAGAAGCGCACCCAGCAGGAAAAGAUCGAAAUGAUGAAGCAGCCGGUGUUCGACUCGGAGCUGCUGAUCGAGGAGGAAUGUGAUAUCGAGCCGGCAACGAAGCUCCGGUCGGCGGACGACGGCAGCGACGAGGACGACGAUGCGGACGUGUUUGACGACGAUGAGGACGUCCUUAACAGCGGCACCGGCGACAACACCAAAGCAAUAUACACCCGUAAGAACCGCCGCCGGAUGUGUAAGUCGCGCUACAGUAGCUACCGGUGCAACGGUCGGAAGCGUCCCGCCGGCAAAGCCGACAAUGAUCCCACCGAGGAUGCGAUGUACGUAUCGGAUGACGGCGUGGACGAUAUGAUCGAGAGUGAUGAGGAUUAGGUUGUGCACGUCGCGUCGGCCGGCAAGAGGAGAAAGGAUUGGGGGGAUGUGUCUUAGUUUCUAUGUUUUGGCUUUACUCAGUUCAUUGUAGUGCUUGUUCGUUUUUUAUCGUUUUCACAUUUUCUAUUGUUUUCUAAUAGAAAAAAAAGAUGGCUUCACGGGCGCGCGUAUCGGCACACUGCAGAUGAAAAGGGAACCUAGGCUACUGCGCUAGCGUGGACAAUACUGUCUUUCUGUUUAGUCUACAAAUCCUGUGAAUAAUAAUUAUGUAAGAGAA